AUGGAGGAGCUUUGCUACAGCUUCGAGGAUGGAGGCCCCAGUGCGGAAUCUCUCCUCUGGGAGCCGGCAGAUCCCGAUGCACCACUGGAGAACUUUCUCCUGGAGUGCCUGGCGGAGCCCUCAUGGCCAGGGCCGGGUGGUGCUGAGCUGGACAAGCUCCCAGCCCCGCCAGAGCAGCCCCGGCAGCGCCGCGCCGCCAACCUGCGGGAGCGCCGGCGCAUGCUGGGCCUCAACGCGGCCUUCGAGGCCCUGCGCGGCCGCGUGCCCACCUUCCCCUACGAGAGGCGCCUGUCCAAGAUCGACACGCUGCGCCUGGCCACCGCCUACAUCGCCCUGCUCGGGGACAUCCUCCUGUCCGGCUGCCACCCCCGCGCCUACGUGGAGAAGUGCCUGAGGAGCGGCGCCCCGGGCCUGCAGCGGGCGGCCUGGAACACCAGCGAUCUGACAGCCCGCCUGUCCUGGGUAAAGUGGGAUUAA